GGGGAGGGAACAGGCCUUAGUGUAAAAAAAUGUCCUCUGUCCUCCUUCUUCACUUCCUUCUUUCUUGCUGCCGGUGGUUUUCGGUGUGUCUCAGCGAGGCACGGGACCUCUUUUCGCUGCGGGGUCCAGAAAGUGGAGGUUAAUUUGGAGCUGUCCCUUUUUCGGACAGCUAAUUCUCCAACGGGUAGCCAGUGUAGCCUCCCACGCCGCACACCAGAAACGUGUCUGACUUACCAGAAGUGGAACACAGCGGAGCCACAAUUUCAAAUGCACAUGCACGCUCGUUAUUUGUCCUUUAAGGAAAAGAGAGAACUGCUGCUUGUAGUUUUGAGGAACUUGAAGGUGACGUAUUUUGAUGUGAAAUAAAUGAUUCAGAACUGAACACAGGAAGCCACAUCUAAAAUCGGGUGCACACGGUCCACUAGGCAACCACCCACACCCCUCCUUUCAUUUACAGCACAGAAAAAAGAGCUUGUGCUAGCAGCUAGCCCUUUUAAAAAUAGUUGCCAGAAAAAGAGAAGUGCGAAGGAUUGUUGCGAGUGGGGCUUUGGUCUGCGCUGAGAGCUCAGCACCCAGCCAGCUCUCACAGAGACCUUCAGUGCCUCUUGCGCCUGGUACUCGCUCCCCAGACACUGCCAGCGGCACCUUCGGACACUCGCUGGGAUUCACCGGGAAAGGGGAAUCGCGGAGGGGGGAGAGGACAGAAGGACAAGGAAGGAGAAGGGCCAGAGAGGAGAGGCGCUCAUGGGGAAUCUCCUGAAAGUGCUGGCUUGCACCGAACUUGAGCAUGGCCAAAUAUUUUUCCUUGACUUUGAACACGCCCAGCCCACCGAGGCGGAGACCGCCGUGUGGAACCAGGUGAGCGCGGUGCUGGAGGAGGCUCAUGGGAUACUGGCAGAGCUGCAGUCGUACAACGGAGCGGGACAGGAGAUAAGAGAGGCCAUACAAAAUCCCAAUGACCUCCAGCUCCAGGAGAAGGCUUGGAAUGCAGUCUGCCCCCUUGUGGCGAAGCUGAAGCGCUUCUACGAGUUCUCUCUCCGGCUGGAGAAUGCCCUGCGCAGCCUGUUGGAGGCGCUGACGAGCCCACCUUACGCGCCCAUGCAGCACCUGGAGCGAGAGCAGGCCCUGGCCAAGCAGUUCGCCGAGAUCCUUCACUUCACACUCAGCUUCGAUGAGCUCAAGAUGACAAACCCAGCCAUUCAGAAUGAUUUCAGCUACUACAGGAGGACCAUCAGCAGAAACCGACUAAACAACCAGCAGCUGGACGCGGAGAAUGAGGUCAACAAUGAGAUGGCCAAUCGCAUGUCGCUGUUUUACGCGGAGGCCACGCCCAUGCUGAAGACGCUUAGCAACGCGACCACCAAGUUCGUGUCUGAGAACAAAACCCUGCCCAUCGAGGACACGACGGACUGUUUGAGUACCAUGGCGUGUGUGUGCCGAGUCAUGCUGGAGACUCCGGAGUACAGAUGCCGUUUCACCAACACGGACACCAUGCUGUUCUGCAUGCGGGUCAUGGUGGGAGUCAUCAUCCUGUAUGACCACGUCCAUCCUGUGGGCGCCUUCGCCAAGACCUCAAAGAUUGACAUGAAAGGCUGCAUCAAGGUGCUGAAAGAGCAACCUUCAAACAGCGUGGAGGGACUGCUGAACGCCCUGAGGUACACCACACGGCAUCUAAACGACGACAGCACCUCCAAACAAAUAAGGGCCAUGCUGCAGUGAGGGGGAGGAGGAGCGGGAGGAAGAAGCAACAGGAGAGAGGUUCCUGGGAGACCGCCAGGGGACAAGCAGCGUGGCAGGUCUCUGCACCCCGACCUCACAAGCGUGUUUGUUUACAUAAAUUUAAAUGCAAGAUAAUUUCAAUGUCAAUAACCUGAAAAGGAAGAAGAAGAAAAACAGUAUAUUGUGUAUUGCUCAUCUCCAUGUCUCUCAUUUUGUAAAAAACAAAAUAA